AUGGGGUCGUUAAUUUGUGCAAAGUGUAAUAUGACUUUCAGAUCCAUGCAUUUUCUGGUGCAACAUAAAGAGAAGUUUUGUAUUGGAGCGAUUUCUCAAUCAGAGACAGAUCACUCAGACAGAACAGAAGAUCAUCACACUGAAGACCUGGCUGAAGUUCACAAGUGCAACACGGUGCUAUCUGAUGGGCACAAACAACUGGACAUGCAGAGACAAGAGAUUGAUUACAAGCUGCAAGAGCUGGCUGUUAAAACUGGGAAAGUGGCUGAACUUGAGAGAAUGCUGUUCGAGCUGAAAGAAGACGAGCAGAGAAACACCGCGUUACUGGAGACUCUAAUGGAUCAUCUACAGCAGAAAGGGCAGGACAUACAUCAGAGCAAUGACUCAAACCAACAUGUGGCUAAUACUGAGGAGAGAGUAAUAGAAAAAUACAUACCUGUUUACAGCUGUGGAGUGCUUUCUACAGAAAUCAGUACUCUUCACCUCUCCUAUCUCCAGAGGGGAGGAAAGGAUCCUCAAAUCCUGGCUCAGCUGCAGCAUUUGUUAGAUGCAGCCAUCAAAUUAGAAACACAGGCUGAGAAAACGCCUGUACCCAAAACCAAUCGUGAGAGCAAAUACUCCUACAUACUUAUAAUAUUGGACAAUAGGAAACAUUUGAGCAGAGAACUUAUGUCCAUAGAGCUAGAAAACAGGCGCUUGGAAGAGGAAAUCAUGAAACUGGAGUUAAGAAAGAGAACAUCCAGAACAACUCCAAACUGUCAACCUGCUGAGCAGGAGAUGAGAGCUGCGAAGAUGGACAUUGACCUAUUAAAACAUGAGCUUGAGAUUAAUCGUCUGAGAAAGCAAAUUAUGAGCAGGAAAACGACACCAUCCAUAGUGACCUUUCCCCCUCUGGAGGAACCCGGAUCACCACCUUUAACCAAAUACCUCAUAAAAGAAUCAGAUGGCUUGUAUCCCAGUCCCUAUGAUGAAAUGGCAGGUUUUGUGGUGUUUUAUGAUUUCCUCUUGGGUUUGUGCCCAUCGUACAGAGUUUGUCAGUUGAUGGUGGGGAUAUACAGCGGGGACGUAUGUCUGGGAACCCCCUCCAUAUUACCCCCAGUUUACUGUGAUCCUGUCAGCUCUCAUGAACACAGUGUAGGACAAAAGGCAAUCCUCGCUAGCAAGCAAGCAGUGCCCGGGGUCCAGCCUGCUUCAUCCAUCUCUCUAGUGAUGCACGUGCAGGCAUCAGGAGGUUACGAUAUCUACGGACAUAAAGUGACACACUUAGCACCACGAGGCUGGCUGAAGCUCCAUAUCUUUGACCAUCACAAUCAUGUGAUUAGUGGGAGAUGGAAAGUACCCGUUCGUCUGCUUCCAGCCAAACCCUCAAUGACAAUGGCAGAAAUCAAUGCUGUUCCACAGUUGGACAAUGCAGAACUAUACCUGAGAAUUGUUAACACAAGAGAUGCUGAGAUUCAGAGCUCUGUUCCAAUCAGCAUCACCAAUGCUGGGAUCUACCAGUACCCCCCUGUGCAAACUCCAAGAUACCCUUCGGUCAUGCAGGAGUCUCGACAGGAGUCUCAUGAAGCCGUCCGAUCUCCAGCUGUUCAGAAGGCUCAAGUCCAUGCAUCAGCCUUCAGUCAGCACCCUGUGGACGCUGCUUCUUAACCUGAAGUGACUUAAAAUGAACUUUUGUCGGCUGAAAAACAGAAAGAGCCAUUUGACUAUUCACCAUUCUCAUAAAAGUGCCACGCUGUGUGUCUCAUUGAUUUAAAAAUAAAUCAUAAAACAAAGCUAAUGUUCUGAAAUAUUAUUGUUAUGGUAUCAAAUCGUGAAAAUCAAGUUAGUGUUACUCUGCUAUUAUCUUCACCAGAAUAUCUCUUCAAGCAAUCAAAAUAUCGUAUAGCUCUGUCUCUCAACUAACCAACAGUACCAGUCAGAAGU